GCGUGCGAAAUCCCGAGUGCGGUUUCAGUUUGCGAUAUGUGCAAGAGAGCUAGGGAUAUGUGUCAGAGCUUGUUACUCCGGCUAAAUUAGGUAAUUUUUAGCUGGGUAACGUGCUAAUCUUUAAACCUUUAUGUCUUUAAAUCCUGCGUAUGUCUGGUCUCUUCAUACAAAAGUGUAUUUUGCUUGUUUCUUCUCGUCUUCUUCAGUCUGAAGCCUUAUGUAGGUCAGGCUUGGCUUAAGCAGAUUUCCUGAACCUGCGUCAGCUUAAGCUGAAGGAAUUUUAAUAAACCCUCCCUUGUAGGCGUGGGCCUAAAUGAGACUAGCCUAGUUAAGCCUGAUCUUUUUCUGUUUGUGAAAAAGAGCUGAGCAGAGCUAGGGACUGCAUGGUGGCUUCAGGAACGGCUUCCUUAAUUCAGAGCUAACAAUGGUCGGGAAGGCCAGAUCUUCUAAUUUCACCUUAUCUGAAAAGCUCGAUUUGCUAAAACUCGUGAAGCCGUACGUUAAAAUUCUCGAAGAACACACCAAUAAGCAUUCGGUCAUAGUGGAAAAAAACAAAUGCUGGGAUAUCAUAGCUGAUAACUACAAUGCCAUCGGAGUAGAUCGCCCUCCUCGUACCGCACAGGGCCUGCGCACGCUGUACAAGAGGCUCAAAGAAUAUGCCAAACAGGAGCUAUUGCAGCAAAAGGAGACGCACUCCGAUUGUAAAAGCAGCAUUUCCGAGCCAACCAAGAAAGUUGUGGAGAUGAUUCCACAGAUUUCCAAUGUGUGUUUAAGAGACAGGAGCGGUGUACAAAGCGCUAGUAUCGAUAAAGAAACAAUUGCUGGUACCAGUUCACCACAGGCAAUGUUGGAUCACCAUCCCGCGACGGUCAUGAUGGAGUUGCAGCCGGAAGAGGAUGUCAAACCUCCUCCUUCUUUGAUGAUAGACUCACAGCAAAGUGAGAACCUAGAACAAGAGGAAGAACACCAGCUGGUGCAUAUUAUGGAAAGGUCUCCUUCAACAUCGGUGUCCUCAGUUGACAUGAGAGUUAUGAUGUCUCCCUCUCCUGUACCAAGAAGAGAUGAGUUUUUUAGGCUUGAGGUUGGAGAACGCUUUAGACCAAUGUGUGGGUCUGACCCACAGAUGCUGCAAAUGCUGAAAGAAGAGCAUCAGAUAAUAUUAGAAAAUCAAAGAAAGAUUGGGCUUUAUGUCCAAGAAAAAAGGGAUGGUUUGAAAAGAAAGCAGCAGCUGGAGGAAGAACUGUUGCGAACAAAAAUCAAAGUAGAGAAGCUGAAGGCAAUACGAUUACGCCGUGAUCUGCCAGAAUACAGCAGUAUCUAAAUAGUUUAUUACUUCUGUCAUAUCCCUUGAAAUAAUAAUAAAUACUUUUACCCUAGCAAAGUUGUUCCUUAUGUUAAUAUGGAUGGAUCAAAAUGUGGUCUUCAAAGAUGAGAGCAUAUUUUCCAUGUUGUUGUAUAUGUACCUUAAUAAAAAUGCCUUGUAUGGGCAUGAGUGUACCACCUCUUCUGAAGUAUAAUCAAAUCCUGUAGAUUUAAGUGGUUGGAUGAUAAAAAUCCCAACUUCUUAAAUAUUUCCACUUCUCUCUAAUAGAAACGUGAUGACCUAACAGCAAUUUAGCCCAAUUCUUUU